GUUAGUGGGAGACUUGAAAUUGAGGAAAGUCUUUCUCAUGCCAAAGCUAUUGUGCAAAAUGGCUCUCUUGAUAAUCAAGAAGAGGCACAAUCAGUCCAGAAAAUGGAUUUCAGAGAGAAGCAGCAUGAAGAUACAAGUUUCCACACACCCAAUCUUAAUAAGGUUGAACAGGUUGUGGAUUCAUCAGCAGAAAUAGAAGUUUCUUAUAGGAAACUUGGUAUGGACAACCAAUUAUACAGGACUUCUAGUCUUUCAGAAGCCUCUGAAACCCUUGAUGGUAGUGAAAUUAUUGAGUUUGAAACUAAGAUGACAGGGAAUAAAAUUGUUAUUGAUUCCAAGCAGGAUCAUUCGAUGUCAAUUCUAGAAAAGCUUUUUAAUAGUGCUUUAACGGUGAAUCUCAGUGGAUCCUCAGGUUUUGUAGAGCAUCAUGAUAGUGAACGAGAUGACACACGGAGCCCCAAUGCUGUACAGUCUUCCAAGUUUGCUCAUUGGUUUCUUGAAGAUGAAAAGAAGGCAGCCGAAGAUCCCUCAUAUGCUAAGCCAAGUGACUUGCUAUCAUUAAUUGUUGGUGGUGAGAAAGGUGGAUCCCAAGUCUCUGAUGUGAAACCAACCCACAUUCUACCAGACAUUACCUUGCAUAAUUUAGAACAUGCCAACAGAUAUAUGACAUCUUCCCCAAUUGGACUCUCAGAACAGUUCUACAAUUCCAGUAAAGAAGAGAAAGUUUCAUCAAUCCUAACAUGCGAAGAUCUUGAACAGACUAUUCUGUCUGAAUAUAGUGAAAGUAGUUCAACUUUGCAGGCAUCUGGUGGAGGCUGGAGUGUUUCUGGUGCAAAGACUGAAGAAUCGAAAGCAGAUAUUGAUGAUCGUGCUUCUCAACACCUCCUGUCUUUGUUGCAGAAGGGAACAACAGGCUUGAAAGAUAUUGCACAAUCCCCUAAUCUAGACAACAGAUCCUCUGACAAACUACAUAUUUCUGAAGGGGCAAUUGUUGGCACUUCCCUCAACUCUAGAGAGGAAAAGGCCGAUAGUAUUCCCCAUUCUGGGAAGAAUCUGACACUUGAAACACUCUUUGGGUCUGCUUUCAUGAAGGAGCUGCAAUCAGCCGAAGCACCAGUUUCCAUCCAAAGGGGCUCGGUUGGUUCUGCAGGAAUCGAUAUUUCAGAACAGCAAGGAUUACCUUUUGGAAUCAUGGGUGAUACUCUCUUCCCAACUUCCACAGUUGGAAUUGAAUCUAACAGGAGCAAUCAUGAAAGCAAUGUUCUGCAAUCAAGUCAGGGACAGCAAACUAAGUCAGAUAAAAUUGAAAGCUGGUUGGGGUUUAAUGAUACUCAAGUUGAAGUGGAUCGAUCAAAACACGGAACCAGUGUAGUGUCUAAGCUCGGUGGCUUUGAUGGGGCAGUUGAUAUUCAGCUGCCUGAAGAAGAGAGCUUGAUUACAGUUGGUGAUCCUGUGAAUAACACCCCUUUUUCCAUGUUCAUGUCUGCUGGAAACUCAACAAAAGGCGAAUUGCUAUCCUCAAACAAACCGGUUGACAUAGUUGAGAAGCUGGCAGCUCUUAAUUCAGUUUUCAAGGAUGAACGAGCUAUGGUAGGUUGGGAAGGUACCCCUUUUGUUCGUGGUCCUUAUAAUCCAAUGGAACCUGAGAUUCCAUACCGCAAUCUUCGUGCCCAACCAUCAUCUCAAUUUCAUCCCCAUCAGAUGAAUCCCGGGAGGCCAUUUUUCCGUCCAUUAGAUUCCCAUCCCACUCAUCUUAAUUCCCAGAUGAAUUUCAUGGUUCCAGAGGGCAAUAACCGUCAAGAUGCCCCUGCGAAUCAUCAAUUUCGUGCAAAUAUGUUGCGACCUCCUUUCCAUCAUCCAAAUCCUAACACAGGGCGAGGAGGUUUCGAGCUUCCUCAUCAUCAUCCUAUGUUACAGCAAAUGCAAGCGCCAGGCAAUUUUCCUCCACAUCAUCUACUACGAGAAUUUCCCAGGGGUGGUCCGCUGGCUCCUCACCCAAGCAAUCAGGCAACUGGUUUUAUGCAGGAACUAAACCCGAUGCAAGGUUUUCCUUUUCGUCAUCAGCAACCCAACUUCGGUGGCCCUGGAAUGUCUUUGCCAGGUCCUGAUGUUAGUGGUGGAAGCAAUCAUCCGGAGGCGUUCCAAAGGCUUCUUGAGAUGGAACUCCGAGCAAAUUCAAAGCAGAUUCACCCUUUUGCUGCUGUUGGCCACAGCCAGGGAAUGUAUGGUCAUGAAUUAGACUUGGGCUUUCGACACAGAUAGAGUGGAUCAUUGUGGCAACUGAUGGAGUCCCACUAAUGCGUGUUUUAGAUGGAAAAGAUUGAAUGGGGGUAGUGCAAUUAAUGGAUUUUAUUUGCCAUAGUUACGGGAUUGAGAGUUUGGGUUUGUUCCUUCAUGAUUUGAAAACCGAACAAAAUUGGGAAGAAAAAAAAGAAAGUAAAGAUGGGGAAAUGUUGUGUAAAAGCAUUUCGUGCUUGUGGUGAGUAAUCUGUUUGCAGCACUGUUCAGAAGCUUGGAGCAUAAGCACGGUGUGGUAUAUCGACACUUGACACUGCUUUUAUCAUGGUCUUUAGCUUAUAUACAACAGUAACAUUUCAUUCUGUUAGGUGUCGUUUGGUAAUGUAUGUUCUUUUUUCAACUAGUAUAUUAUGAAUCCACAUAGUUCAUCUUAUAAUUGGGUCAUUCACAGUAUUAGAUAACUAGAUGUGUUUGGUUGUAAAAAAUGAAAUACCUUAAAAAUUUACUGUACUCGGUCUAAGUCUUUGUGGAAGUUUACAAUA